AUGCCGAUAGGAUAUGAAAGUCCUAUCAGCAUACCGGUGAUGAUUUUUUGUUGUCACUACGAACCUCAAAAAAUGUUGGACCUCAUGUUUAGAUUCCUGGUGAACUACACCGAAUGCAGUCCCAUGACGGCUGUCGGAGUAUCUUUGGAUUACAUGGUCAGGCAGAAUGUGGAUGUCGUCAUUGGUCCUCCUUGUCCUGCAUCGGCAGAAAUGACUGCUUAUCUGUCAACAUAUUACUCUAAAACCAUGCUUGGUUGGGGUUUCCUAAUCGACUCCAUAUUCAGCGACGCGACCCGUUUCGCAUAUCUCACAAAAGUCAUGCCAGAUUCCAUUCAGUGA